AUGGCUAUUGAAGCAACCAUUUGGCUUGCGGUAACAAACCUAAAUGAUGCAUGGACAUAUUCUACUUUGCCAACUGGUCCUAUAGCCGAUACAGCAUUGAGACUGUUCAUGGAUAAGCUACAAGAUUCUCUGAAAAUCUUAGAAGGUUCAGAGGAUGACAAAGGAACGGCUCUCACAGUUGAUGAUGGGAAGAUCAAGCUUCUGCAAGCUGUUUAUCUGGCAGAGGACGCCAUGAAAGCCUUCUUCCUAACUAAAGAAUUGCAGAAACAGAAGAUUUUCAUCAAGUUUUUCCUGCUUUUCUUGAGGUCAUCAAAUAUGCAAUUUCGUUUCAGCAACGAGAUGAAAAAAUGUACGGGUCAGCUAACCGACUCUAUGCCCGUUGAGUUGCGCACAAGAGCUUCUGAUGAAAUCGCUGCACACAAGUUAAAUUGGUUAAUGGCCAACUAUGAUAUCAGAAUAAAAUUUUCUGAAGUUCUAAAUGAAAAGCACCACUUGCAAACAUCUUCUCAUCAUUUCUAUGGUGAAGAUAUUGUAGGUUUCCAUUACGAGGUUUCGGAAUUAAGUAGAUUAAUUUUGACUAGUGACAAACUUCUUAUAUCAGCGGUUGGUGUGGCAGGCUCUGGCAAGACAACUCUAGUGAAAAGAGUUUACAACCAUUCAGAGAUAAAGAAAAUUUUCCACAACCGUGCUUGGGUUAGUGUUUCUCCAGAUUUUAAAGAGAAAAAUCUUUUAGUUCAGAUAUUGAAGCAGGUGACUGAGGUUAAAGAUGAAGAGAAAUUGCCACUGGAGAAAUUGCAGGAGAAGCUUCGUAAUUUAUUAAACACGCAGAAGUUCUUAAUUGUCUUGGAUGAUAUCCAUGCACCUGCUAUAUGGGAGAAACUCCAAGUGGUCUUUCCAAACUCAUCGAAUGGAAGCAGGGUGAUCCUAACCAUACGUGAUCCUGAUGUAGCCAACCAUAUUGAUCCAACCAUUCCUCUUCUCCGUGUAAGUCUACUAACCGAGGAUGAGAGUUGGAGUUUGUUUUUGAAAAAGGUCAGAAGAGACCCCAGAAGCCAAGUAUUUUCUGAUCAGGGACAGAUUCGGGAGAAAAUCUUGCAAAAAUGUGGGGGUCUGCCUAUUGCAAUAUGUGUGCUGGCUGGCUUUCUGUCUAGUAUAAAAUUUAGCAUUGAUGCUUGGUUAGGGGUGAUUGAGGAUACAGAGCAGAAGGAAAAUGAAGAAGAAAGAGUGGUUAGUGAUGAUAGCGGGGAAAUAAAACAAAUAGCUGGUGGAAUGAGUGAGCAAACUCAGCAUGGAACUGAUGCAACAGGGGAAGAAAAUCACUCAGCUUCCUUAGAUGUACCCCAUCCUUCAAAUAUUAUGGCUUUGGCCUAUCAUGGCCUACCUUCUCCUCUAAGGCCAUGUCUCAUAUAUUUAUGUCUUUUCCCCCGAUCAUAUCAAAUCCCCAUUAGAAGGUUGCUUCUACUAUGGAUUGCUGAGGGAUUGAUGAGACCGCUUGAAGGCCUAUAUGCGAAUCCUGAAGAUCCGGUGGGAAUCGAUCUUGAUCCUGAAGAUCUGGCUGAAAGUUGUCUUAAAGAGCUGAUGGAUAGGAACUUGAUCGAGGUAGCAAGUUGGAGGUUAGAUGGAAGCCCUAAAACAUGUUUUGUGACAAGUACUCUGUAUGAUACUCUCUUUCCAAUUGCUGAGAGAAUGGGAUAUUUUCAUGUCCAUUCUAGCUCAUAUUCUACGCCGAGAUCACCCUACUUUAACAUCCGGAGGCUUAUAGAAUGUGUAGACAUUGAGAAGAAUUCUUUUUCAGAAAGAGAAACUCAACAUCUAUGUUCUUAUAUAUCCUUUAACCAAGAAAAGAAAGAUAAACCUUCAGAUGCAGUAGGAAAGUUCCUCAACAAGGUAACCACUAGAGGUUUUGGAUUGCUCACAGUGCUUGAUCUUGAAGGUGAUCAAGGUACGUUGGUCUGA